AUGAAACUGGACGAGGGGCCAUACUAUGGGAGUAAACUGGACGAGGGGCAAUACUAUGGGAUGAAACUGGACGAGGGGCAAUACUAUUGGAUGAAACUGGACGAGGGGCAAUACUAUGGGAGUAAACUGGACGAGAGGCAAUACUAUGGGAUGAAACUAGACGAGGGGCAAUACUAUGGGAGGAAAAUGGCCGAGGGGCAAUACUAUGGGAGGAAACUAGACGAGGGGCAAUACUAUGGGAGGAAAAUGGCCGAGGGGCCAUACUGUGGGAGGAAACUGGACGAGGGGCCGUACUGUGGGAUUAAACUGAACGAGGGGCCGACACGGGAGGAAACUGGAGGAGGGGCCGACAUGGGAGGAAACUGGAGGAGGGGCAAUACUAUGGGAGAUUAUGUGAUCGAAAACCAUCUGAUGUUUCAGAAGUAUUACAUUACUCAGUGUCAUUUUAGGUUUCAAAAUUUAGAUUUCACAUUUCAGGUUUCCCUUUUCAGAUAA